UGCCGGUCCGCGUCUCCUCAGGGUGGGUAGGACACGCCUGCCCUCGUCGAGAAAACUUUUCCUGCCGACUCAGGCGGCGGUGGCAGGAAGUCCGGGCGGCGACCUCUUCUCCGCCUGCCCCGCGCGCCCUGCAGGGUGUCGGCUCUAAGCUUGCCAGCAAGUUUGUGGCGGCCCCUUCGCGGUUGCCGGCGAGCCCUGCUUCGAGAGGGACGCCUGGCCCUGUGGAGGGCGGCGGGCCAGGGCGAAGGCCAAGGGCGCGUGGUGGCGCGGGAGACGAGGUGCCGAGCGUGGCCCGGAUCCGCGCCCGACAGUUGGUAGGGCGCGCAGCCCGGGAACAGGGAGCCUCCGGCGGCUGCUUCCUAGAGUCAGCAGUCCGCCACCUUCUCCGGGUGAGGACAGUGUCCUGGCCCCGAGUCUAUCGAGGAAAAUGAAGUUAAGCCGCCAGUUCACCGUCUUCGGCAGCGCGAUCUUCUGUGUGGUGAUCUUUUCGCUCUACCUGAUGCUGGACCGGGGUCACCUAGACUACCCCAGGAGCCCGCGCCGCGAGGGCUCCUUUCCCCAGGGCCAGCUCUCAAUGUUGCAAGAAAAAAUAGACCAUUUGGAGCGUUUGCUAGCUGAGAAUAAUGAAAUCAUCUCAAAUAUUAGAGACUCAGUCAUCAAUUUGAGUGAGUCUGUGGAAGAUGGUCCGAAAAGUUCACAAGGCAAUUUCAGCCCAGGUGCUGGCUCACAUCUUCUGCCAUCGCGAUUAUCCCUCCCAGUUGAUGCUAAAGACUGUCUGUUUGCUUCGCAAAGUGGUGGUCAAAAUUCAGAUGUGCAGAUGUUGGAUGUUUACAGUCUAAUUCCUUUUGACAAUCCAGAUGGUGGAGUUUGGAAGCAAGGAUUUCCCAUUUCGUAUGCAACUAAUGAAUGGGACACUGAGCCCCUUCAAGUCUUUGUGGUGCCUCAUUCCCAUAAUGACCCAGGUUGGUUGAAGACUUUCAAUGACUACUUUAGAGACCAGACUCAGUAUAUUUUUAAUAACAUGGUCCUAAAGCUGAAAGAAGACUCAAGGAGGAAAUUUAUUUGGUCUGAAAUCUCUUACCUUUCAAAAUGGUGGGAUAUUAUAGAUAUUCAGAAGAAGAAUGCUGUUAAAAGUUUACUAGGAAAUGGUCAAUUGGAAAUUGUGACAGGUGGCUGGGUUAUGCCUGAUGAAGCUACUUCACAUUAUUUUGCCUUAAUUGAUCAACUAAUUGAAGGACAUCAGUGGCUGGAAAGUAAUCUAGGAGUGAAGCCUCGGUCCGGUUGGGCUAUUGAUCCUUUUGGACAUUCACCAACAAUGGCUUAUCUUCUAAAACGUGCUGGAUUUUCUCACAUGCUUAUCCAGAGAGUGCAUUAUGCAAUUAAAAAACACUUUGCAUUGCAUAGAACGUUGGAGUUUUUUUGGAGACAAAAUUGGGAUCUGGAAUCUGUCACAGAUAUAUUUUGCCACAUGAUGCCCUUCUACAGCUAUGAUAUCCCUCACACUUGUGGACCUGAUCCUAAAAUAUGCUGCCAAUUUGAUUUUAAACGGCUUCCUGGAGGCAGAUAUGCUUGUCCCUGGGGAAUCCCCCCAGAAACAAUACAUCUUGGAAAUAUCCAAAGCAGGGCUCAGAUGCUUCUAGAUCAGUACCGAAAGAAGUCAAAGCUUUUUCGUACUAAAGUUCUCCUGGCCCCACUAGGAGAUGAUUUCCGCUACUCUGAACAUACAGAAUGGGAUUUACAGUUCAAGAAUUAUCAGCAGCUUUUUGAUUAUAUGAAUGCUAAACCUGAGUUUAGAGUAAAGAUACAGUUUGGAACUUUAUCAGAUUAUUUCGAUGCUCUGAAUGAAGCAGAUAUAACUAGAAGAGAGAAUAGCCAUUCGGUGUUUCCUGUUCUAAGUGGAGAUUUUUUCACUUAUGCUGACCGAGAUGAUCAUUACUGGAGUGGCUACUUUACAUCCAGACCCUUUUACAAACGAAUGGAUAGAAUCAUUGAAUCUCAUUUAAGGGCUGCUGAAAUUCUUUACUAUUUCGCCCUGAAACAAGCUCAGAAAUACAAGAUAAAUAAAUUUCUUUCAUCGUCACAUUACACGACAUUGACAGAAGCCAGAAGGAAUUUGGGAUUGUUCCAACAUCAUGAUGCUAUAACAGGAACCGCCAAAGAUUGGGUGGUUGUGGAUUAUGGUACAAGACUCUUUCAUUCAUUGAUGGUUUUGGAGAAGAUAAUUGGAGAUUCUGCAUUUCUUCUUAUUUUGAAAGACAAACACACAUACAAUGCUUACUCUUCUGAUAACAUCCUAGAGAUGGAUUUGAAACAAAAAUCACAAGAUUCUCUGCCACAGAAAAAUAUAAUAAAGCUGAGUGCGAAGCCAAGGUACCUUGUGGUCUAUAAUCCUUUAGAACAAGACCGAAACUCAGUCGUCUCAGUCUACGUGAGUUCUCCCACGGUGCAAGUACUCUCUGCUUCAGGAAAACCUGUCGAAGUUCAAGUCAGUGCAGUUUGGGAUGCAGCAAGUACUAUUUCACAAACAGCCUUUGAGGUAUCUUUUCUAGCACAUAUACCGCCAUUGGGACUGAAAGUGUAUAAGAUUUUGGACUCAGCAAGUUCAAAUUCACAUUUAGCUGAUUAUGUCUUGUAUAAUGAUGAAACAGAAGAUAAAGGAAAAGGAAUUUUCAACAUGAAGAAGAUAAUAAGUACUGGAGAAACUAUAACUGUAGAGAACUCCUUUAUUGCACUUUGGUUUGGUCAGUCUGGGCUUAUGGAGAAAAUGAUAACUAAAGAAAACGGUAAACACCAUAAAAUAAAUGUGCAGUUUUCAUGGUAUGGAACCUCGAGUAAAAGAGACAAAAGUGGAGCCUACCUCUUCUUACCUGAUGGUAAUGCCAAGCCUUAUGUUUACAGAACACUGCCAUUUUUCAGAGUGGUGCAUGGAAGGAUUUAUUCAGAAGUGACUUGCUUUUUAGAACAUAUUACCCAUAGAGUCCGACUGUACAACAUACAGGGAAUAGAAGGACAAUCUGUAGAAGUUUCCAAUAUUGUGGACAUUCGAAAAGUAUAUAAUCGUGAGAUUGCAAUGAGAAUUUCUUCUGAAAUAAACAACCAAAAUAAAUUUUAUACUGACCUAAAUGGAUACCAGAUUCAACCUAGAAUGACAAUGAAAAAAUUGCCUCUUCAAGCAAAUGUCUAUCCAAUGACCACAAUGGCAUAUAUCCAGGAUGCUGAACAUCGUUUGACGCUGCUCUCUGCUCAGUCUUUAGGUGUCUCGAGUUUGCAUAGUGGUCAGAUUGAAGUUAUCAUGGAUCGAAGACUCAUGCAAGAUGAUAAUCGUGGCCUUGAGCAAGGUGUUCAUGAUAACAAAAUUACAGCUAAUUUAUUUCGAAUACUACUAGAAAAAAGAAGUCACCUUAAUACGGAAGAAGAAAAGUAUCCGGUCAGUUAUCCUUCCCUCCUUAGCCAUGUAACUUCUUCUUUCCUGAAUCAUCCAGUGUUUCCAAUGACAGAAAAGUUCACUGCACCCACCCUUGAGAUGCUGGAUGAAUUCUCUCCGUUACUGUCAUCUUUGCCUUGUGACACUCAUUUGGUUAAUCUGAGGACAAUACAGUCAAAGGAAAGCAGUGGGUAUUCUGACGAAGCAGCCUUGAUCCUUCACAGGAAAGGGUUUGAUUGCCGGUUCUCUAGCAGAGACACGGGGCUGCUUUGUUCUACUACUCAGGGAAAGAUGAUGGUACAGAAAUUUUUUAAAGAGUUUACUGUUGAAAGCCUCAUCCCUUCAUCGUUAUCCUUGAUGCAUUCACCUCCAGACGUCCAAAAUAUAAGUGAGAUCAACUUGAGUCCCAUGGAAAUCAGCACAUUCCGAAUCCGGUUGAGGUGAACCUGACUUUCACAUUUGGAUUGGGAAGCAUUGGCUUUUAUACAUUUCUUGGUUUGACGUGCAAUAAAGAAGCACAUUAUUUUAGCUUCUGGCUACUGUGAGACAUGAAUUCUAUGAUUUUUUUUUUUUUAAUUAGUACAGCAAGAAAAAAAAAAAGCCAUGCUAUUAACCAGGUUUCUUUAAGUUCCUCCCAUGAACCACCACCAUCAGCGUGAGUUGAUGCAACAAGUGAAGAAAUGUUUAAAGACAGCCUCUCAACAGAUUGUAUCUCAGGUUAAAUGUUAAUUAAAUAUGUCCGUGUUGGGGGUUGUGAAGAGAUUCUUAUAAGUAUUUGUGUACCUGGCCCUUUGUUAGUUUUGUAAAAAUACCCAUUUGACCGAAAUGGAAUAAAAAACUGGUGGGUAAUAGCUAAUGGCCAAAAUGAUUGCAGUCAUUCAUACAAGCUAGAAAAAUUGUGUGUGGGAAUGAGUGGAAACGUGCAAUCCGUCAAUCCUUAUGGCAAGUUGAUUUUCACACCUUUUUUCUAAUGAACCUCUUGACCCUUCUCUUCCCACCCUUUGUAAGUAUUUCCAGAAAUAACUGAUUUUGAAUCAUUCAACAGUAGAAAAAGAGGCAUAUUUUCAUUACUUGACAAUAUGGGAUAGGUGCAAUUUAUUCCAUUGUCACUAAAAUAGAAGAAGCAAUUCCAUAGGUACCAUAAACCUAUUUUAGGUACCACAAGGUGUCUUUUUACACAGCUCAUUUGAAUACAGGUGUUCUGAGAUGGGGUUUCUAUUUUAAAAUUACCAUAUCAAAAUAAAUGUGCCUUAUUUUUUUAUAAGUCUUGUUAUAUCUUUUGGUGUCCGUAUUACUGUUUGGGGAAGAGGGGACAUUGGGGGAUUAGGGUGGAGGGUGGGUUCUUUCUAUGACACAUAAAUUGUGUAAUUUUUGCCCGACAAUGCUGGCCACCUUCUGAUCUAUUUCAUUAAAUUUGUGGUGAUGUUUCUAUAAACAUUUUGACUAUUUGAAUGUACUGAGAUGUCAGAAAACAAAACAAGGAAGAAAAAUAUUGUUAAUUAAAAUAUGCUGCUGCCAAGGAAACUGCAACUUGAAGCAAGUAUUUUGUAACAUGCACAAUCUAGAUACUGUUUCCAUUUCACAGUAGUUAACCAUAUUGCAGAGAAAAUGCUUUAAAAUAGACCCUGUUUUGAAACCCACUUAUAUGUAGCUCCUCAUGAUUUAUCUUACUAAAGAAUAUGUUCAUUCAGUCAGUUUCAAGCAUUUUUAUGUGCUAACCUCAAAGUGAAGUUCAAAGUCCAUGUGCCAUUACAGUACUUUAAAUAAAAUAUAUUUGGGAUCAUUCUUUCCUCAACAUAAACAACAGCACCAUUAGCAACAUUUAUAAUAUUUAGUUGCAGCAGAGAAAGGAUUAUUUGAGUAUGUACAGUUUUGAAAAUCUCUGAGUUAACUUAAUAUAGUAUUAUCUGACUUUAAAUUUCUUUUUACCUCUUGUCAUUCCAAUGUCUUUAUAGGGAAAUUAAAACCUAAUUUCUCUUUCACCAUGUAGUCUGAUUAUCAUCUGGAUUUUUACUCAAGAUGCAGCUCCUAAAAUUAUUAUGUUAAAUUCAUAAACUCCUUUGCCUGUAAUAAUUAAGAAAACAAUACCAGUAUUGAUAAAGAUAUUACAAGGGGGUAAUUUCAUGCAAUAAACAUGUACUGUAAGUUUCCUUCCUCGUUUUUUGAGAAUAAACAACUAAAAGAAGAAAACAAUUCCUUUUUGUGGACAUCUACAGAUGUUAGGAUUGCCAGAGGCAAAUCCCAGGAAUAAGAUCAGUAUUCUCAUUGCAUCUUACAUGUGGAAACUUCCUAUGGGAGUUCGUUGUAUCUGUGGAUAAGUGGGUGUGCUUAAUCAUUCUGGAAAUUCUGAUCAGAUGAAAUAAAAAAUCUUGAUGCAAUAACAGUGGUUUUGCCACUUCUGGUCAUUUGAGAUGAUAUGUCCCAUGUCAGUUGGGGUUUUAUUCAGUGUGUGUUGCUGCCAGCUGUUCAUAGAUAAAGCAGAAAUUCUCUUUAAGCAGCAAAUUUCUGCUUUUUAAAGUUAUUUUUAGAAUAAAUCACCAGGGAAAUGAAGAGAGGAUACUUUUGCUUUGGGUUGUGGUCACGAACUGAUUAAGUAAUUUAGUGUCUACAGCACACAUUGAAAACCAUACACUUCAGUUGUGAUCUUGGUGGCAUAUUUAUUUGGUUAGGUUUUAUUACAUUCAUUAUCACAGAUGUUCAGUUGACCAAGUAGUUCAUUACUUUCUCUGUCUCUUUUAUGAAAUUUUAAUUUGGGGUUAUAACUGCAGUGUUCUAGAACUCAACAUCCUUGUUUUCUACAAAGACUGAUUAAAAUAAAAUGUUGUAAAAUGUGUUGUGAAACAUUGUAAUUACCUUCCCAUGUUUUUGUUGUACGUGUGCCGAAAUAUUUUCAUGUUCCUUUGUCUGGAAGAAUAUGUUUGCUUUCAUUCUGAUCAGAA